ACUGCAGGCAAAACAGCAGGGGAGCUUGGCCAGGUGGGAGCCUGCUUCCCAGCCCCAGAACCUUCUUCCCUUGAGCAGACAUGAGCUACCAGCAGCCACAGCUGAGGGGUCCUCUGCAGAGAGAGACAGACCCGAGUGACAGAGAGAGCCUGGUCUCCGGACAUGAACACGGAGGGAAAUCGAGUCAGUCUGCAGCUGUUUUCAAUGUAGUCAAUUCUGUUAUAGGAUCUGGGAUAAUAGGAUUGCCCUAUUCAAUGAAGCAAGCCGGAUUUCCCUUGGGAAUACUGCUUUUAUUCUGGGUGUCAUACAUCACAGACUUUUCCCUAGUUUUAUUGAUAAAAGGCGGAGCCCUCUCCGGAACAGACUCCUACCAGUCUUUGGUUAACAAGACCUUUGGCUUUCCAGGGUACCUGCUGCUCUCUACCCUACAGUUUAUGUACCCUUUUAUAGCUAUGAUAAGUUACAACAUAAUAACUGGAGAUACUUUGAGCAAAGUUUUUCAAAGGCUCCCGGGAGUUGAUCCUGGAAGUUGGUUUAUUAGUCGACAUUUCAUUAUUGUGGUUUCAACGGUUACAUGUACUCUGCCAUUGUCGCUGUACCGUGAUAUAGCAAAGCUUGGAAAGAUUUCCUUCAUCUCUACGAUUUUAACAACUGUGAUUCUUGGAGUGGUAGUGACAAGGACCAUUUCCUUGGGGCCAAACAUACCAAAGACAGACAAUGCUUGGGUGUUUGCAAGGCCCAAUGCCAUCCAGGCUAUUGGGGUGAUGUCUUUUGCGUUCAUCUGCCACCAUAACUGCUUCCUAGUGUAUGGGUCUCUAGAAGAGCCCACAGUGGCCAAGUGGCGGCGGGUCAUCCACACGUCCAUCUUGGUUUCUGUGUUCAUCUGCGUGCUCUUUGCUACGUGUGGGUACUUCACUUUUACUGGCUUCACUCAAGGAGACUUGUUUGAAAAUUACUGCAGAAGUGAUGACCUGGUGACCUUUGGGAGGUUUUGUUACAGCAUCACUGUCAUUUUGACUUACCCAAUUGAAUGCUUUGUGACCAGAGAGGUUACUACCAAUGUGUUUUUUGGUGGGACCCUUUCAUCGGUGUUCCACGUCAUCUUAACAGCGGCUAUUGUUACUGCAGCCACACUGAUAUCGUUGCUGAUUGAUUGCCUUGGGAUAGUUUUGGAACUCAAUGGUGUGCUCUGCGCGGCUCCUUUGAUUUUUAUCAUCCCCUCAGCGUGCUAUCUGAAAUUAUCAGAAGAACCAAGAACGCACUCAGAUAAGAUAAUGGCCUGUGUCAUGUUUCCCGUCGGUGCUGUGGUGAUGGUGGCAGGGUUCGUCAUGGCUAUCAUAAAUCCUCAGGACUGCACUCACGGGCAGGAAAUGUUCUACUGUUUUCCUGACAACAUCUCCCUCACAAACAUCUCCCAUUCCUGUCAACUGACAGCACAGCUUUCCCUUCGGAACCUCAGCAUCCUUCAGUGAGCUGGCUGCUUUAAACAGCAUGCUCCUAUGUUUGUCUCUUUGUCACAAAAUGACCACUGAUGCGUGUCAAGACUUGCUUGUCCUUACUCUUUAUGGUAGUAUAAAAAAAUAUAAAAAAUUGAAUAUAUAUUUUAUCUUAAACUAGGACAGA